AUGGCCGCUCUUGCGCCCGUUAUCAGCAGCUUUUCGCUCAUCUUCGGAGGGUGUUGCGCAAAUGUGUAUUGUCUGGAAGCAAUAGUAAAGCAAGAGCCUGACAGUGGCCUACUCAUUACGCUCUUCCAAUUCGUGUUUACAUGUCUCUCGACAUUGCACUACCAGUUCGAUCCGAACGGUCGUUACUUCAUGCGGAGUUCGCCCGUACCAUUUCGGAAAUGGUGUGUCAGCGCUGCGUUGUUCUUCACGGUCAACAUGCUGAACAACUGGGCUUUCGCAUUCAACAUCUCAGUCCCUGUUCACAUCAUCCUCAGAAGCUUUGGAAGUGUGACUACUAUGGCGGCUGGCUGGUUUCGUGGCAAGAGAUACACACCUCUCCAGGUCUUCUCCGUUGCGAUUCUGACGCUAGGUGUCAUGGUGUCAGCAUGGGCAGAUGCACAGUCGAAGGGCAAGAACAUGGAUGCUUCGAGCUCCGAUGAGUCGAAUUCUUCUCUACAAGCUGGUCUUCUUAUCCUGCUCAUCGCGCAACUACUCUCCGCAUGGAUGGGCGCCUACGUCGAGGACGUCUAUCGUGAACAUGGCAAGGACUGGCAGGCCAACCUCUUCUACUCCCACUUGCUGUCCAUCCCGUUCUUUGCAGGAUUCGCACCGGUUUUAACGCAACAAUUCAAGCGCCUGCAGGCCUCGCAAUCAUUCGAGGUCCCACCGAAAGUCGCAGAGAACCUCCCGCCAAUCGUCAACACUAUCCUGGCCUCAACAUCACAGCAUGUCAUCUAUCUUACUGCCAAUGCCCUUACCCAACUGCUCUGCAUCACCGGCGUCAAUAUGCUCAGCGCCAACACUUCCGCCGUUACUGUUACGAUCGUUCUGAACAUCAGAAAGCUGGUAAGCUUCUUGCUCAGUAUCUGGAUAUUCGGAAACCAGAUGACUGGAUUGAUGAAAGUCGGCGCUGCCAUGGUGUUUGGUGCGGGUGCUUUGUAUGGGUGGGAAACAUCGUAUCGCAUUCCGCAGCAGAAGAAGUUGGAGGCUGAAAAGGGAAAGAAGGGCCAGUGA